CUUGAGGCGAGGUUUCUCAGCCGGGAGGUCCUAGGACACUCCGGGCAAGCGAGCAUCCCCCGGUCUGGAUCGCUGUAAACGUUCCACUGAGAUGGGACGCUGCGGAGAGAGCUAAAUUGAAAGAAGAGCAAAGUCCUCUUAAAAAGUCAUUUGGAAACAUCACUAAAUAUUUGUUACGGUGUAUAAGCAGCUAAAAAGAAAUUGGCCCCCAAAAAACUAAUUGAAUAAUUGAGACAGAUUUAUGUGUAUUAUUAAAUUUUAUCCAGAAGUGGAAGAAUAUUCUUUGACUUUAAGGAUUGUGUGCAUUUAACAAGAGGAUGACCUUUCAAUUUAAUUUCAUUGUAGAAGACCAUUUGGGAAAUGAAUUAACACCCAUAGGAAAUGGAGCUUUAACCCUGGAUUCCUCAAAAGAGUCGUCAAUCUCAGAUAGUCAAAAAGGAAAACAGAAGGAACAAAAAGGUUCUACAGAACAAUUUCACUUGCCUCAGGAUCACUUGUUGGAACAUAAAUCAAUGAAAAAUGCAGCUCUCUCUCAAGACACAGACAGCCCACUCAGUGCAGCUAACAGUUUAAGUAACUUGGAGCCACAUGAAAAACAGCCCUGCUCGAGAGUUGCCAAAGAGCAUGCUCUGCCUAAGGAUUUAAAGAAAGUGUUAGAAAAUAAAGUCCUAGAAACAUUACCAGGUCUCCAGCAUGUUAACAUAUCAGUAGUGAAAACCAUGUUGUUGAAAGACAGUUUCCCUGGAGAAAACAUAGUUUCAAAAAGCUUUUCUUCUCACUCUGAUCUGAUUACAGGUGUUUAUGAAGGAGGCUUAAAAAUCUGGGAAUGUACCUUUGACUUCCUGUCUUAUUUCACAAAAGCCAAAGUGAAAUUCGCUGGGAAAAAAGUGUUGGAUCUUGGCUGUGGAUCAGGGUUGCUGGGUAUAAUUGCAUUCAAGAGAGGGGCCAAAGAAAUUCAUUUUCAAGAUUAUAACAGUAUGGUAAUUGAUGAAGUGACCUUACCUAAUGUAGUGGCUAAUUCUACUUUGGAAGAUGAAGAAAAUAGUAUAAAUGAACCAGAGGUGAAAAGAUGCAGGAAAUCAAAAGUAGCACAAGAACUAUAUAAAUGCCGGUUCUUUUCUGGGGAGUGGUCUGAGUUUUGUAAGCUUGUACUAAGCAGUGACAAACUCUUUGUAAAAUAUGAUCUCAUUCUCACCUCAGAAACCAUUUACAAUCCGGAUUAUUAUAAUACUUUGCACCAGAUAUUCCUUGGACUCUUAGAUAGAAAUGGACGGGUGCUUUUGGCCAGCAAAGCACAUUAUUUUGGUGUAGGUGGAGGUGUUCAUCUGUUUCAGAAGUUUGUAGAAGAAAGGGAUGUAUUUGAGACUAGAACCCUCAAAAUAAUUGAUGAAGGAUUAAAGAGGUUCCUAAUUGAAAUAACUUUUAAGUUCUCCAGUUAAAGUUCACUGAGUGUCCUGAGUAA